AUGUAUGACAAGGCUGGUUCUGGUUCUGGUUCUCGCUCUGUAUCCAGUAUACGAGAUAUCAGCAACAUGCCAGGAACCUCGCACCGUUCGUCCUCCUUCAACCCCUCCAAUCAAGAAACGCCUUCAAGGCCUCAGACUCCUCCGCAAGAAGCAAGCUCUAGCACUCCGGUUAUUGCUCCUGCCAGUGCUCCUGUGAUACACACCAAGUUCGAAGCGGUCGCCGCCCAUACUGCAAAGUGCGAUCUUUGCAAUACCAGCAACGACUCAGGUAUGUCUCGCUGCCAGUCCUGCGGCUGGCAGUCGUGUCAUGCCUGUAAAAUCAGCACCGGGUGUACAAGGAUGCACAAUUAUGGUAGUCGUACGCAUGCCAACCCAAUCGACCGUGUUCCGCUGGUUUCGUCCAAGAUCAAGGGCAAGAAAAAGAGUCAGGGUCGACCGAAGUCUCAGCCGACGAGGGUGUUGAAGUGGGAACGUGGACGGGACCAAUCGCAGCUGAGGGAGAGGGCAGGAGCUAAUCGCAAGGCGAACACUCCUAGCCCUAGUCCCGCUGCAACGGCCACCCCUUCUCCCUCCUUCAAUACCCACCGUCGGCAGUCGCCCUAUUCUACCAGCAAAGACCCGUCAUCCGCCAUUGAUGGAGACUUCUUCGAAAAUGAGAAGUACUUUGAGGGCGUGCGGGAUCUGUAUGCGUUCAGCAUUGAGGCAUACGGGGUCUGGACCAACGAUCAACGGGACCGUAAUCCUGCACAGCGGUGGCGCUACCACGCUGUACGUCUCGAGGAGAUCCAUGAGCAUGCCUUGCUCAGCGCAACGCGGGCUGUUCUGGAGUUCAGGAGGCAGGAGGCGGAAGGUAGCUGA